AUGGCAAAAGUAUCAGAUCUUGUGAUUCUUCUUGUGGCUGGAAUGGCCAUAUCUCUUUAUAUUCAAGUCGCAGAGGCGAGAGCAGUUAAGUUUGAUAUAAAGAACCAGUGCGGGUACACGGUGUGGGCGGGAGGAUUACCGGGAGGAGGGCAGCAGCUGACCCAGGGUCAGACAUGGACGGUUAAUUUGGCGGCGGGGACACAGUCGGCAAGAUUCUGGGGUCGAACCGGCUGCUCUUUCGAUGCGAGCGGCAAAGGAACCUGUCAAACCGGUGACUGCGGCGGCCAACUGAGCUGCACAGUCUCUGGAGCUGUUCCUGCCACGCUGGCCGAGUACACCCAGAGCGACCAGGACUACUACGACGUCUCCCUGGUGGACGGCUUCAACAUUCCUCUUUCCAUCAACCCUACCAAUACACAGUGCACCGCCCCUGCAUGCAAAGCCGACGUGAACGCUGUGUGCCCUGCUGAAUUGAAGGUGACUGGCGGAUGCAAGAGUGCCUGCGUUGCCUUUCAAACCGACCAGUAUUGCUGCACUGGCAGCUAUGCUAACAGCUGCCCUGCGACAAACUACUCAAUGAUAUUCAAGCAGCAGUGCCCUCAGGCCUACAGUUAUGCCAAGGACGAUACGGCCACAUUCGCUUGCCCCUCUGGUACAGACUACAGUAUUGUAUUCUGUCCCUAGAUAUAUAUAGGAUUAUGUUUGUGUGUGGAUUAGUAUAUUAAUAAGUGUUGUCAUCUUCGUAUUGACACUGUGGUGUAGCCGCGUAGGCCGUUGCCAGUUGCAACUCUCACCACUUAUUAUCAAUAAAACAUCACCAGUGAUGAGAGAAGCGUAAUUCACACGCAA